UAAAAUUUGUGGAUUCCCUGCAUUUUCUAUGAAAAAAAAAACACAGCCCAACAGAGUGCUGUGGCAGUACUUUUAACAGCAAUUGGACAUGUUGUGGUGUGGUUUUAUACUCUGUGAAGUCAUUAGUGUUGGUGGUUUUUGCAAUGCUGAUGUGGUCAUCCGAGGUGGUGUUUUUACACACUGCAGUUAUCAUACAGUAACUGUGAUAUUUGUCAGGAAUGUAGCCAGCUUGUUUCUUCUCUUCUCUGAGGGAAAGACUGCUGCUGUGGAGGGGCGCGAUGUUUCUUUGUGCACAUUUAAGUUAUUAAUAUUCUGCACAAAUUAUGAAAAGAUCAUUCGUGCACUUUAACAUUGCAUCGAGGCAAUUAAAAAUGUUAUCAGGCCUCUUCUGGUUGCUUUUGUGUGAUUGGAAAGAUGAUUUUCAGUCAUGUGCUGAUGAGUGAUGUGUGUGGGUGGAGGUUGUUAAAGGGCCUUUUUCUUUUCUUUUUUUUUUUCUUUUUUUUGUCCAGGUGGUUCAGUGGGUUGGUCACCAUUAGGGGGUUCUUUUAACUGAACUUUGUGAGUCUGUGGUGUUGAAGGAGGGUCAUCAAAACUGCUGCUGAACAUUAGGCAGCGACAUGAGGAGGAGGGUGACUGCUCGCACAAACACUUCUCCAAAAGGGCAAAGGCCAGCUGUGAGAGGUCCAGAUGUGCGCGUUGACCUGACUCGCAUUGCCAGAUGAUCUUUUCUUUUUUUUUGCUCUGCACGAUUUGUUUUAUUCUGAAAAUGCGACACACAUACCUGCCUCUGAAACAGCGACAGCCCAAAAGAGCCGCAGGCUCUACAAUGCUAAUGUUGUCGGGGGCUUUGACUUCUCCCAGCCAUUGCGAAGAAGCUGCUCCGUGUGACAGCCACGGCGCCGCUCUUCCCCCGGUGUUCUCUAUCCCGCUUUUUACGCCUCUCCACAUUUGGCACAAGUGUGUUUUGGGGAAGAAAAAAAAAAGCAUCCGACCGCGUCCUAUCUGUUAACCUUUAAGGUCUGCGUUGUCAUGGACGAAACGGACAUCAUGGACUUAACGCAUCAGAAAGCGAGGAAGAGACCGCGUCCAAUCAGUUCCGUGGACGAGUCCGUGCAUGCUUCCCUCAAACGGCUCCCGAUCCGUGCGGCGGAGUGCAGGGAGUCCUCACUGAUGUUCGCAGUCAGAGGAGAACCCGUUCCCGCAGCGUCUCUCAAGCAAAAUGACCAUUCGGUGACUUCCUCUCCAAACACAGUGAUGCCGGCGCAGGAUAAUCGCUCCAGCAUGUCCAGGCCCAUGAUCACACGGUCACCAGUGUCCCCCUUGAGUAACCAGGGCAUCCCAACACCUGCACAGCUCACCAAGUCCAAUGCCCCUGUGCACAUUGAUGUGGGCGGACACAUGUACACCAGCAGUCUGGCCACCUUAACAAAAUUCCCAGAAUCCCGAAUUGGUCGUCUCUUUGAUGGCACAGAGCCUAUAGUCCUGGACAGCCUGAAGCAGCACUACUUCAUUGACAGGGAUGGACACAUGUUCCGCUACAUCCUUAAUUUCCUCAGGACGUCCAAGCUCCUCAUCCCAGACGACUUCAAAGACUACAGUCUCUUGUACGAGGAGGCGCGAUACUUCCAGCUGCAGCCUAUGCUUGCUGAGCUGGAGCGCUGGCGACAGGACCAGGAGCUGAGCCGUGUGUCGCGCCCCUGCGAGUGUUUGGUAGUGCGCGUUGCACCUGACCUGGGCGAAAGGAUCACACUCAGCGGUGACAAGGCCCUGAUUGAGGACGUGUUUCCGGAAAUCGGUGAUGUCAUGUGCAACUCUGUCAAUGCCGGCUGGAACCAUGACUCCACACACGUCAUUCGCUUCCCACUUAAUGGGUACUGCCAUCUCAACUCUGUCCAGGUUCUAGAGCGUCUCCAACAGCGUGGCUUCGAGAUCGCCGGCUCCUGUGGCGGAGGCGUGGACUCAUCCCAAUUCAGCGAGUACGUCCUGAGGAGGGAACUGAGGAGGACGAGUCAGCGAGGAUCCAAUUCAAACAGGAUAAAGCAGGAGCAGCUGGACUAGAAACCUCCCGAGCAGUAGGAGGUGCUAGACUUUUCUGUGGCAGCCAAAACACUGAGUGCUGCAGAGCUCUGUGGACUCUGUUUUUCUUCGUUACCUUGUUGAUGUUUUUGUUUUCUUAAACUUGAAAACCAUCUAGAGAAUAAAAAAAUGAGGUGCAACAGGAGAUUUUUUUUUUUUUUUUUUUUGCCAUAAGAAGAUACAAGACAUUUGAUAAGUUUGAGAGUGCAAGGACAUUUGUGAUUGUCUAGCCCCCAUCAGCCAAUUUAAAAAAAAGGAUUUAUAUACGCUGGAUCCCCAAACAAAGUUUGUUUUAAAACUUAGAGCCUACAUUAGGUUGAAUAUGAUUUCUAUUAUACCCAUAUAAAUUAAAAAAGGCUUUUAUUGCUGAUGUAGUAUGUUGCAUAGCUUGUCACCAGUGACUUGAUUAUGUCUCACUGGCAAAUUGGCUAAGUCUGUUUUUAUCCCUUGCUGUAAAAAGGUGUUGCUUACAGUACAGAAUGUCUCAGAUGUCAUAAACAGUUAGUUUCAACAAAGCAUCUUUUUUUUCACAAUUAACAUGAUGUUUAAUAUUGUGAUACCAAUGAAGUUUUUUUGUUUUUUUUUUUUGUUUUUUUGUUUUUUGCUUUAAUGGUUAAAAGUUAUUUUAUUGGAUCAUGCCAUAAAAUAUAGUUGCCAUCCUCAAAAUGAAACAUCAAAGACCAUUCUAUAGGCAGUAAAGAAAAUUAUUUAGUAAAAUAUUAUGUCAUACCAUUUGCCUAAUUGGGGAGUAUGAACUACUAACCCCUAUGUGCUACCUUGGGAAUUAUUUAAUUGGAUCCUAAUAUUCCUCUGAGUCAUGACCUGUAAAUUUUUUCAUUGUAUAUGUGUUUGUGGGUUUUUUUUUUGUUUUUUUUUUACAUUGAAUCUUUUUAAAGCAAAUUUGUUGCCUCCAACAUGACUGAACAGAUUAAAGCUUAUUGUAUACCCACUCCAGGAUCACUUUUACUCAGCACAUAUUGAUAUGAAGUUGGAUAUAAAGUAUUUCUAAGAUGACUGACCCACCUACGCUCCCUAGAUUUGAGAAAAGAGGAAUGUAGCAAAAAAAAAUGUGAAAUAAAUCGCAACUAAAGUUGU